AUGGUCACCCAGCCGUGUGACUGUGAGAUGAUUCAAGUUAUGCCUCCUCCGUUUCCAUGUAUGGCCUCUGCAUACCGUGCCAUGUUACUGUGGAGUAUAUACCGUCAAUAUGUCGACCUCGGUCAGGAGCUCGAAUGA